UAGUCAGGGUACUGUGUUAUUGCGAGUGAGGGAGAUAGAGAGGUGCUGUGUUAUCCUGGGAGGUUUUACUACACUGUUUAGUGUUUUCUCACAUUUCAAGGACAGUCUGAAUCCCCUGUUAUAAAAUAACAGAAACAAAAGAACACAGCUGCACAGUUACACAUGUUGUGGUGGUUCUAAUAUUAUUACUGCGCUUAUUUAUAUUUUAUCUGCAGUUGUUUUGCUGGAGUCAGUUGCAUAAUAAUUAUCUGGUUACGCCAAGAAGACCGCUCUGUAGUUUCACAGUCCGUUAUUAUGGGGGUCGGAAUGCAGAACACAGACCUGUUAUCAGGCUCAGGGAAUACUCGGGCAAAGAGAGGUUGCCCUUGGCAUAGCAAGGGGGAUAGCAACGGAAUAAAAGAAGGGGGGUCAUCACUACUUCCAAGCACGGACCAGGGUGUUGCUGCCAGGGGAACGUGGGGCCGACGAUUGGAGUUCACCCUUGCAUGUAUAGGUUAUGCGGUGGGGCUCGGAAAUGUAUGGCGAUUCCCUUACUUGUGCUACCGAAGUGGUGGAGGUGCAUUCCUUAUACCAUACCUGACCAUGCUGUUUCUCUGUGGUAUUCCUCUUCUCUUCAUGGAGUUUGUCAUUGGACAGUAUACGCGUCUUGGCCCAGUACAUGCCAUGGCCAGAAUUUGCCCUCUUUUGAAAGGUGUUGGUAUUGCCACAGUUGUGAUAUCAUUCCUGCUCUGUACAUACUAUAAUGUUAUCAUCACUUGGGCUUUGUAUUAUUUCUUCCACUCUUUUCGGCUUCCACUACCAUGGCAGAGCUGCAACAACACAUGGAACAUUCCAGAGAAUUGUUCUAGCGGAUUCUCUAAAAACUCAUCAUACCUUCAUUCUGCAAGUCAGCAGUUUUUUGAUCUGAAGGUGCUACAGAUGACUGAUGGAAUUGAACAGAUGGGAUCAAUUCGUUGGGAGCUGCUUGGACUCCUUGUGCUUGCAUGGAUCCUUGUAUACUUAUGUAUUUUUAAGGGCGUCAGAUCAACAGGAAAGGUUGUCUACUUCACUGCCAUCUUUCCUUAUGUCAUUCUCAUUGCCUUGCUAAUAAAUAAUGUUCAGCUACCUGGGGCUGCAGAUGGCAUCCGUUAUUUUCUUAUGCCUCAGUGGAACAAACUUCUUGAUGGUCAGGUCUGGGUCAAUGCUGCAGCACAGACAUUCAACUCCAUUGGAAUUAGCUUUGGUUCCAUGAUCUCCAUGGCCAGUUACAACAAAUUCAACAACAACAUACUAAGAGAUACACUUAUCGUGGCCAUUACCAAUUCUGCUACUAGUAUUUUUGCCGGAUUUGUCAUCUUCUCUGCCAUCGGUUACAUGGCCUAUCAGCACAAUCUGCCUGUUGACAACAUUGCAACUGAUGGGCCUGGUUUGGUGUUUGUAGUUUACCCUGAAGCUUUUGUUACGAUGCCUGUGGCACCCAUGUGGGCUGCACUGUUUUUCUUCAUGCUCUUAUGCCUGGGAUUAGAUAGUCAGUUUGCCAUGGUUGAGGUUAUGGUUACCAGCUUGAUGGAUGGUUGCGGAAAACUCUUACUCCGCUUUUUGAAAUACAAAGAAUUAGUGGUCUUGGUAGUUUGUUUCGCUGCAUUCCUUCUCGGGAUCCCAAACAUCACAAAGGGUGGGAUAUAUGUCUUCCAACUGAUGGACCACUACACUGCUGUUGUAUCGCUGAUGUUUCUGGCUUUCUUUGAGGUUGUUGCUGUUUGCUGGCUCUAUGGUGUGCGGAAUCUUACACGAGAUGUGACACGUAUGCUUGGAAAACCACCAAAUAUCUUCUUUAAGCUGUGCUGGUGGGUGUUUUCUCCCCUUCUUGUUACGAUUAUUUUGGUGUCUAGUAUAAUCCAAUAUACUCCAGCAAGAUAUGGAAAAUUCUACACUUAUCCACCUUGGGCUGAAUCCAUGGGUUGGUUUGUCUCACUUUGCUCAAUUAUUUGGAUUCCACUUGGAGCUAUUCAUACAUUAUAUUACAGUAGUGGGUCUCUCUUGCAGCGCCUUCAAGUAUCUAUUUUACCUGUUGAUCAGCAGCCAGUUUUACAAAAGGAUUCAUCAACAACGCUAGCCGUAAAUGCCUCCCUACAGUCAUCUAAAGAAGAUCUUGAAAGUGUUUCUUUGUCAAAAGAGUCUAGCAUUUGAAUUUGUUGUUGAGAAGUGGAGUUACCAAAGGACCAAAUAUGUACUUUUUGGCUAUAUAUGUAUAUGGGAACAUGACAGCUAUACAACUGUGGAAUAGUCAAACUUCAGAUUGACAUCACCAACUCCAUUAGUUUCCAAAAUAAAAAUGCUACUUCCAUCUUUAAAAAAUCCCAGAGUGCAGUGGCUGUAAAUAAAAUCUGACUUUGAACUACACAGCAUGUACGGUAUUCAGCAUUUCAGGAGGACUGCACAUCAGCAUUUCAGGAGGACUGCACUUGUACUCCUUGCUGCUCCCGUCUAAGGAACUAAAGCUUAACGUGCACAGAAAUAAAGUCAUGCUUUCAUUUCAGCAUUACUAUUUAUCUCUUUAGAUGUAUUUUGCAAAUAGUCCAGCUUUUAAAGUUUCUUCAAUGAAAUCCAUAUCAGUCGACCUCAUGACAUUUCAAAGUUUAUUUACAUAUUAGUUGUAUUUCUCUCAGGUACCCACAUAUACAGGUGUAGACACCAAUACAUACAUAUAUGCAUACAGUCACACACACAUACUUGUAUGAGAGAAAUAGAUAUAGACAAAAAACUAAGCUGUAAAUUAAGCUGUUAAGUAUCACAGACAUGUGAUUAUCGUAAUUUAGUUACUUCUGGCACAGUAUAUGUGUCUCAUCUUGUUAGUCACCCUUAUAGUAGUCUCAGUAGCUGAACAAGUCUAAUAUGUGCCUUUGGUGCAUAAAGCUUUGAGUUCUAUUCGUAUACUAGGUCAUUAGAUUAUCUACUUGACACUACAGUAGAGUAUAAAGGGGAUGCGGUACUCCUGAGUGUGCUAUCCUUCAGAUGGGGCUGUAAUCCGAAGGGUGUAUUUGCCUGAGUUGGUGGGAGCUCAGGUGUAUGUAAAAGAUCCCAGAGCACUCAUUGAAAAAUGUUAGGGAAGUUCCUAGGUGUCUUGGACAUAUUUGCCCUAGUCGGUACCACCUUGGGUCUCCCCUGAAAAGAGGUCAUUUGCCUAGUGAGAUUUGGAGGCUGGUAUAAUGGAUAAAGUGUUUACUUCACAGACACAGGGUACAAGGCUUGAUUCUCACCUUUGAAAGGAAAAUUACCUAGGCUUAAAAUGGCCCACAAGGGCAGCUAGCCUGGUACUUCCCUAUGAACAUUUGAGCUAAUGCAGUCAACAAGCUGUAAAUGAAUACAUAUUGUACAUUUUAGUAAUAGUUUCAUUAUAUUCUCAGCUUUAUUUUCAGUGACAUUUAUUCAUGUUAUAUUUUUGAAAAGUACAUGAUUCUUUCGUGAUGUUCUGAUAUCCUCAGAAGUGGUCUGGAGUAUUCUAAAUAUAUACAAGACACUUACACAGUUAGACAAAAGUUAUGCUAAAUAUAAUAGUGUAAAGUUUACAUUGCUGUCAUGACAUUUGUUUGUAUUUUCAUGGCAGUGCAGUCAUACUGCUGCUGAGUUUUACAUAAUAUGAAUAGCUUUACUACAAUGUUUGUUUUAGAAUUUAUAUUUUGUACUUUGUUGCUGAUGUUCAGCAUCACUGGAGUUGUUUUAUUUUGAAACCCAGUAUACAGUUUGAAAGACUAGGCCAGUAUGUACUUGUCACAGAUGCAGAAUAUUACAAUGCAUGUGUGUAUAUAGUAGCCCAAACAAACAUAUUUAAUUGUUAAAAGCACUCUAUUUUACAGUUUGUUUCAGCCUAUGUUUACUUUUUUUAGCCCAUGUUCAGAUGUUUGUUAUUUAUGUUUUAAUUUUGAGGAUUCUUACUCAGUUUGCUGUCUGGAGAUGAACAAUAGAUAAUUCCUUUUUCCUUGUUCACUAAUUAAGUGACAUUCAGACCAAGGAGAGUUAGGAGGGCUUUCUUUUCAAAAUUGUUUGUGUGUAUGUGUGUGAGAGAGAGAAAAAUCUGUAAUAAGAAAGCUGUAGCAACAUCAUUCCAAGCCAUGCAGUAAGCAGGCAUUAGUGGGUUUCAGUAUCAUUGAUAGCCCUGUAUUAAACAGAUGUUAGUGGGUUUCACUGGUUAAGGUCAGGCUCACCACACAAUUGCUGUGUUGGGAGCUAAGGAGGCCCCAAGGCACAAGACAAUUUCCCCUUCGGCAAGCAGGUGAGUUUGUUCGGUCUCUGUGUGCCUAGAACAUACUGAAAUUACUGGAGUUAUACUAACUGUUACUGUUUAUGAUUUAUCUCACAAUGUUGACUAAAUAUAUAUUGUGAACUUGAAUGUGUAUGUUUUCACUGAAGAGGUAUGCUAUUUUUUUACGUUAUCAAUUUUAUUGGUUGCAGGUGAUAACAAGAGAGGUUGAGCUGGUACUCAUUUCCAGUGGUUCUUAUUCCAGUUAAAAUGAAGAGAUAACUAUGUUAAGAAAUAUACAUGCUGUUGUUAUAUUUGAUAUGCAAAUGAGAUCUGUUAAACAAUAAAUCAGUUAAGGUGAAGUAAAAUAAAUAUAGCAUAUUUUUGAACAAGA